CCGUUCAGCCCACCCUCAGUGUUAGAGAUGGAGGAGGACAGGAGCGGGUUAGUGGGGAUGGGGUUGACUGUGGACAGCGAGGUGUGCUGUGACCCCCUGGAGGAGGGUGUAGUCCUGGGGGAGCAGCCAGGUCCAGUUGGGGGUGCCCUGCCCUCGUCUGACCACAGCAGGCCCAAAAGGGAGAGGAAGCAGCGCAGUUAUACACUGUGUGACGUGUGUAACAUCCAGCUCAACUCCCCAGCCCAGGCCCAGAUACACUACAACGGCAAGUCUCACCAGAAGAGACUCAAACAGAUGAGCAACGGGAAGGUCCAGCACGGCAACACAGGCACCUCUGCCCAGGGCAACCCCCUCCUGGCCUCCCUGCCUGUCCCGGGACGGCCCCUGCAGCCUCAUCUCGACCUCAAGCACUUCCUGCCUUUCAGGCUCAAUGGAUCGUCCCCCCUCAGCCUCUUCCCUAACUUCAGCACAAUGGACCCGGUGCAGAAGGCGGUGAUCAACCACACGUUUGGCGUCCCUCAGCCACUCAAGAAGAAACAGAUCAUCUCCUGUAACAUCUGUCACCUGCGCUUCAACUCCCCGAACCAGGCAGAAGCACACUAUAAGGGGCAUAAACAUGCCCGGAAGCUGAAAGCCAUGGAGGCCCAGAAGAACCGUCAGCGUCGACUUGGGGAAGCCACGCCCACAGGCAGGGAGAGAGACCGGGAACGAGACCGAGAACGGGACAGAGAGAGGGCUAAGACUGCUGCGACUGUUACACUUCCCACUGAGACCCUCCCCGCACUCAUGGACACAGGCCCGAUGGAGGCAACGAAUCUGCUGCCUGCUGACCUGGAGCGGGUGGUGAAUUGUGAGGCUGUGAAGCUGGGUGAGAGCCCUGGCAGCAGCAGCUCUGUGAUGCUGACUCCUGUAUCUGAGGUGUCCUCCAUGGAGCUGGCCACCCUGUCCCCCAGGCCCCAGGGAGAGGUGUCCCCCUCCUCCCAGGCCUCAGAGAGCGGAGCCUCAGAUACCAGUGGCCCAGAGGCCCCUGGAACAGCCCUGGAGUCAGGCAGCCAGCCGGACACCUCCAGAACAGAGGGGGGUGAGGAGGUCAAGGACCCCAAGAGGAUCAAGCCACACCUCCACUGUCCCGUGUGCAAGGUCACUGUCAACUCUACAUCCCAGCUGGAGGCACACAACAGUGGUACGAAGCACAAGCAGAUGCUGGAGGGCCAGAGCAUCCAGCCGCGGCGCCGGGGGAAGAUGGCGGGGGCUGGGGGGCGCUCGGCCUGCAAGAGCAAGCGCCUGGGCACCAAGGGGAGCGUGGGGGUGCCCAGCAAGAACUUCCACUGCGAGGUGUGUGAGAUCUAUGUCAACUCGGAGACCCAGCUCAGCCAGCACAUGAACAGCAGGAGACACAAGGACCGUCUGGCAGGAAAGCCCCCCAAACCCAAGUUCAGCCCCCACAACAAGAGCCAGCCCACCUCCAGCUUAUCGAAUGUGAGAUGGGCUGGGUAUGCAGGCGGGGCCGUGUCUGCCAUGAAGAAAAUGUUCAGCCAGUACAACCUCACCUCUCUCUCUACUCAGACCAAACUGGCCUUCCAGAAGCAGCUGACCAAGAGCCUGACCACUGGCUUCCUGCCUAGCCCCCUCACCCAGCCCACCUUGUGCACCAUGGCAACCAAUCCUCUGGCUCUGCGCCACCCGGUGGGCACCACCUUCUUUCAGACGCCCUUCCUGAGCCCCACCUUGUUCCGGCCCGCCCCGGGGCCCCUGAGGGCCACGCACCCCUCCAUCAUCUUCUCCCCUUAUUAAUGACACAGUACAGCCCCCCUGUCCCUCUGUCCCCCUCUACCAACCCUCUUGCCCCGCCUCCAUUACUGUGACUCACAUGACGAGGGCCAUGCCACGCACAAACUAUGCAGACCACAGGAGCCAGGAUGGAGAGAACAGAGAGAACGAGGCUAACAACUGCUCCUGCCGGGGAGGACACACCCCCAAGACCCCGCCUCUCCACCACGCCCCAUCUGUCUGCUCCUUCUCCUGUGGUUGGUGGCCUGAGGAACAGGACACAUCUCCAGGGACAUACUGGUGCAGUCAGGAGGCCUCUCUCUUUACACAGCCAUUUCAUUGGUCGAUUUGGUUUGGAUUCUUAAUAUUAUUGUGUAAUUUAUUAGAGAACAAAAAUAGAUGUAUCUGUUUAGUGUGGUUGCCACAAAUAAGGUCCCUUUACGUCAUUGUUUCUAUUAUUGGUUGGCUUGCUUUUUGUUGUUGUGAGUGGAUAUUGGGGAUGCUAGCAGGUGAGCCCAAUGCUCUCUGAGCUUGCGACUGUCUUCAGCCAUAUGUGGACCUGCAGCUCUGCAGACUUACGGACCCAAGUCUAUGAGUGGGAUCUGUCAGAACUAUAUGAACUCAUAUUUUUCCACCAACACCCUUCCACCAAGCCCCUAUCUCCCAAACCCUGUUACUGGGCUCUUGUCAUUGGAACCCAGAGCUCUAAAUUGAUGUGCAGAAUAGAUGCUGAAGCCCUUUCUCUCUCUCUCUCUCUCUCUCUCUCUCUCUCUCUCUCUCUCUCUCUCUCUCUCUCUCUCUCUUUUUUUUUUUCUCUUUCUCUCACUCUCUUUGAGUCACAGCCCAACAUGGCCUUUCAUAAUUCAUUUUUUACCCUGCAUUCUCAGAAUUAAGCACUCAUUAAGGUCCUGAAAAGGUCAGCUUGUCAACUUGAUUUUGUCUCAAGUUGCAGAUCUGCCUCAUUAAAGAUCUUUGCUCCGUAGCAGUGCUGGUGCAUUGGUUCUGACUAUCUCUAUUUCUCCCGUUGCGGAACGGGCAGCACAAAAUCAUUUUUAAAAGCCUGGCUGUCUUAUAUUGUAAUCUGCCAUGGUUCCCUGUAUCCCAGUGAUUUUAUAGUGCUUGAUCCCCCAAUUGUACUCCCUGAGCCAUAGUCCUUAAUUUUCUCUUGAGCUAUCUCAGCAGGAGCUGAUGGGUAGCAGUGAAUGACAAUUUCCCCUUGCUAAAAAAAAAACACUAAGGGGUGGAUAUGACUUGAUGGGUUUACAAUCCUCAAUUAAAGGUUUCCACUGUGCAGAGAGAGAUGUGUGGAUGAUGGGGGUGUGAGAACACAUUUCCCAGAUCACUGAUUGGAUCAUCAGGAAUGGAGGGAAAGAAACAAAGCACAGUGCCAUGGCAACCACAUUAAAAGCACCUUAAACAGAUUUACUUAUGAAAGCAAUGAAAAUAUGUUCUAGUUUUUUUGUUGUUAUUCCUGGUGUGAUUUUUCAUGAACUCAUGCCAGUUUGAUUGAGCAUUUUUCAAGCACACAAACAAUCAACUUGUAACGAUUCAAUUGUAUUGUUGUCAUUAUCCAUGAGACAGGUCUGAAUCUAAAUCUCAGAUCUAGUUACAUUUUUAAAGCAAUACGUUCAAUCAAUGUGUCUAUGUUUCGAACGGUUAUACAGUAGGAGAAUAUAGGAUGUGGGGAGGUGGCUUUGUCUGAUUCUGAACAAUGUAUCUGUGCCUCUACAGAGAUGCUCUACAGCCUACCGGACUGUAUUUGAAAGGCAAAUUCCAAGUGGCCAGUGCUAAGAGUCAUUUGAACUGAUGGGUUGUUGUGAUGCGAUUUCCCUUGAUGGUCAAUCUCAUGCUCAUGUUGUGACUGUGGGUUGAGCUAAGCUAUAAAUAGCAGCUCUCAUACUGUGGGGUGGAUGUUUCAGCCCUCUCUCUGUGUUGACAUUGCUGGGCUUUCACCUUACAGAGGAGCAGGACACAGCUAUUAUAUGGAUUACACAGAACAGCCAGUGUUAUUGAUGUCUCAAGCGCAGUAGAACACACAAUCAUAUUCCCAUGCCCAUCUCUCCUAAACAAGUAGACCCACCUUGAAACGAACACUCAAUAGCUCCCACCAGACCAGACCCAAUACUUGGGGCUCCUGAUUUAUCCCAACACCAACUCUCUUUGCUGGUUUAUUACCAAACCCAACACUUACACCCAACCAGUCUACUUUAGCAACAGCAAAAUGGGGGAAAUCCUAUGCAGUUGUUGUUCCCUUCAGUUCAGUCAGUGCAAUAGUAUUUCCAUGUGUGUGACGCAGCAGCGCCACCUGCAGUGAAGACCAUGUUAUUGCCCUUCUAGAUCAAACCCAGCACUGUCUCUCCUCCAUCUUUUCGAAUCUCUUUGAUUCUGUACAUGUUUCUGAGGCCUUUGUCUUUGGGAAUAUGAAACCAAGCCGUCAGGGCUCUUUGCCAUACCAAUGUGAUUCUCUCCAGUCACAGUAAGUUACUCAGUGAACCAGCCAGCCUAUUGAUCUCCAGUGUUCUGUCUGUCUGUCUGUCUGUCUGUCUGUCUGUCUGUCUGUCUUUACAUGGGAACUCUAUGGUAUUCAGACAUUUAAGGACAUUUUUAAUAAAUAAAUGCAUAUAGAGAAGGCAAAUUAUCUAUGUAGAAAAUAUAGAGUAAAUAUAGACAUUUUAUCAAAGUUGCUAUUGUUAUCUUUAUCUUGAUGAAACGCUAUCUUAGCUGAGGGUAGACUGUUGAUGUAGGCUACAGCAGACACACGCUGUACAUGGAGAGGAGAAAUACUUUGCUUGUUUUUUCUGUUUGUUUUAUUUACAUGGUUUUACUGUGCUUGUUUUUUAACCUACAAAAGAGACAAAUGUUGAAUCAAAAGUUGGUUGAGUGAUUUUUCUUUUUCUUGUUCAAAUUUGAACUGAAUUACGGAAUUGAAUUAUUGACGUCACACAAUAGAUGUGGAACAAAAAAUGCCUUUCAGUUGUAAUUAUCCAGUAUAUCCCAAGAGUGUCAACCGCUGGACAGUUUCUGGCUUUCUCAGGGCUUACAGUUUCAGCUACAUUAAUACCAUACAAUCAUCCACACAAUCAGAGCCUCUCAAACGUCAUCGCCCUAGAGACGGGUCAUACACUGUACUUGUGGGUGACGUGAAAUAAUAGCCAUACAGAACAGGAUUAAAGAAGUUUUGAUGUGAGAUGUCCACACACGGAAUAUGACGGUCAUAUAGGAGGACAUUGUGGUGUGUCCUUGUCUCUCUUUUUCACUCCUCCGUCCCUGUGCACAGCCAGGGGAACCAUGGAUAGACCAGCCCAGAUACAGAGCUCAGUCCUGGGUAUAAUAAGGGAUCUGACACCAUGGAUAAAACAAAGCACUAGGAUCACAUUCUCUUCAAUUGCAGUGUGGUGAAAUGUCAAUUAUCUAUCAGUCUACCAGUGACCUAUUUAAAAGAACAUAUGCUGUAUGUAAUGGCAGGCUAUGAAACUGCAAGGCAGCCAUGUUGACUGAGGCUAUUGCCAGUGAGGUGGGAGGAGCUGGCGUUUCUCAAAACUUGAGUUUCCUUGGUAUAGGAUCUGCAUAUCACUGAUGUCAAAGCACAGCUUUCAUUUCCCCCUAUUUUAGAAAUUAGUUUUCACAGCAGGCAUUCUACACUGCAAAGAUAAUUGCAUGAAGGUGAAUGGAGGAAGGUGUCUGCCCCCAUCCGAGUCCUGCCUGAUUAGCUCUGUUUAUACCUGGUUCCAACCUGCUGCCUUUGUCCUGAUCUUGUUCACAUUCUGAUUGUGCCCACAUUUUUAGACCAGUGUAGACAAUUAAAAGACGCAUUGUGAUCCGAUCUUAUAAGUGUAAACAGACAAGAUCAGGAUGAAGGUUACAUGUUAACAGCAGGUAUAAACAGGGCUAUUGACAGAGAAAGGAGUGGCAAGCUGAGGAUCAACAGUCUGAAUGAUAUUCGGGAUUAUCUGCAUAGUAUUCACACCCAGGUGGUUUCAGUGGGCAGAACAUCAUAACAUCAUACUCUGGAGCGGCUCGAGAUAAUGGAGAGAGAUUAGGUUCUGAACAAUAUCAUGGAACGGUACUGGAUUCUGGACCACCACCACAGCUCAGCUCAGCUCAGCUCUGUUCUUCACAGCUUUUCUCUGUCCUUUGUGUACAGAGCGGGUCCUGUGUCAUGUGCUCUUGUUGUCUGAACAGAAGCCAGAGUCAGUCUCUUGCGAUAAUGACGCCAAUCAUCAAACCCGCGUCUGUCCGGAAACUCUUCUGGACUGUAAUGAACUGUAACAAGCAUACCAUAAUGAUGUGAAUUUUGCUCAAUCCGUUAUUCAUUUGUUAGCUUCCCACCCACGUCCUUUUUGGAAGUGGAGCCCGUUCUUAUAAUGUAGUUGGACAGCAUUGUUGUUCUCACUACCACUGUAGGUCCUUAUGCUAGCUCUCCCCGUGUGGAAACGUUAGGUAAGCAGAAACACAACUCUCCCAAUGCCAAAACCAGGGAAGUUUAAGUCAAGUGAUCACAUCCAUGUCUGAAGCCAGUCUCAGGAUGACGGAAGAAGCAUGGAACCUUGCAAGACCUCUCCACAAACCCCUACAUAUCCACAACACUGAUAUAUUGAUCUCUACCUGAAUGCUGUGAAGUGACACCCGUUUCUUUUGCUGUGGCGGUCAGUCUGUCAGUCCCUGGUUCCUCCCUCUCUGUAUCAACCCUACAAGGACACGGAGUCAGUUCAGUGUGUACGUCAAGUUGUACAGUGCAUAUCAAUACCUGUGACUGCUUGGCUGCGGUUAGACAGGCAGCCCAAUUCUGAUAUUCUUUUUCACAAAUUGGUCUUUUAACCAAUUAGAUCAGCUCUGAAAAAGAUCUGAUGUAAAAAGAUCUGAUUGAAGAACUGAAUUGGCCUGCCUGUGUAAAUGCAGCCCUUUUGUUCCAUUUAAAGCCUAUGGUACAUUACAAAACAUGUACUAUGAUGUAGAAGAUAUUCUAUGAGAGGACAUGACCAGUAUUUAUUGUAGCACCUUUGUCACUGUGUUCACAGUACAUUUGAUUACAAUGAUCUUCAUGAUGUACAAUAGGAAUUGUAAGGUGGAGUAGAGAGUAAGAUCAUUUGACAUGCUAUUGAGUCUGCUUUAAAUGUUUGUUUUUUUCCGUCUGUAUAGAUAAUGCCAGGUUGGAUAUGACAGAGAAAUAAAUGGGGGAGAGAGAAAUAGACAGAGGGAGAAGUUGGAUAGUGAAAUAAAUUGAUUAGAUCUUUCACUUCCUCAGCCUCACUUUGUAUUUUAUUGACCUUUAAGUGUCCGGCGAUUGACUGGAACCAGACGACUUGUCAACAUGUCCCGCUUUCUAAUGUCAAAGGUGUUAGAUCCUCUCUACACACACACACACACGCACGCACGCACGCACGCACGCGCACACACACACACACACACACACACACGCGCACACACACACACACACACACACACACACACACACACACACACCACAGCAUAUUACUUUGCAGCAUGAUCAACUCAUAUUUUAAACAUGAUUCAAAAUGACAUGUCGUGUGUUUACAUUCAUUAAGUAUUGUCCUAUAGCAGAUUAUGUAAGCUCGCCCUCUGUGUAUUCAGGUGGAAUGAGCUGCACCAACUGCUUUGGGGCCCGGUUAAUGUUGAUCUGUCACAGAGCAUCAAAAUCAUUAUUUCAUCAACAUCUGACCUUUCCCUUUCCACCAAAUCAUGGGCAUAAAUUCAUACCUCUCUUGUGAAGAGGAGGAGGAAAUCAUCUCUUCUGUGACAGUUUUAGCUUUGCAGCAGGCCACGGCAGCUGCAGCUUUCUGGAGGGAUUUCAUAUCAAAAAAGAUCUGGCCUUAUAACAGGGAACCUGUUUGGAAUCUGGGUUGUGUUUGGUCCAGAGGCUCGGGUCAAAAAACCAUGCCAAAUCACAAGUCCAUUGUUCAACCUGUGUGCUGUCCUCUCUCUAUCCAAACCCUUAAAUCUCACACUACCUCUUGAAGACAUAGUGUCGGGAGGGAAAUGCUGCGAUUAGAAGGUCACUAUAGCAACUGCCAGGGUUGAGAUAAAUAAUCUCCACUGUAAAAAGAAAGGGGGAGAAAUCCCAUUGGUCCUCUGUAUGUCCCUGGGGGAAACUAGCUCGAUGCUCAGUUGCAGCACUGAGGAAGGAUCUGUUUUUUUUUUUUUGCUAUGACAGUAAAACAGUAUUGGAGUAGAGGUAAAAGGACAUUACCUCUGUAUUUUUUGUCUUAGUGUCAUCCUUGGGGAAAUGGAUUUGGCGGUAGUCUAGUUGAAGAGGUGCGUUCAUAAAUCACAACGGGGACAAGUCACAAAUCUACUGCUCCUCUCGCCCCCCUCCGCAGUAUUCACAGUGUGUAUUUCAAGCCGUGUGGUAAAUGUCACAUUUUAACAGGAGAUCAAUAUAGAGAGUGAGAUGUUUUAUGGUUCAUUGCCCUCUGUUAAACGUAGAUAAGAAAACGUAUGAGAGUGUGGCGGGUUAUAUAGGGUCCUGGAGGCUGUUUUGUGUUAAAGUUAUUUUACCUUAUGUACUGUGUAAGAAGAAAAAUGUGGGUUGUAAAUACUAUGCUAGUUUAUAAUGAUCCAUACAUGUGAUUCAAUAAAUGCACAAGUUCUU